AAGUUUCAAACCCUCGGCCUCGGCGGCUCUUCGCCUGCAAAGCUAUAUUGUUGGCAAUCAAUCGGAAGCACGUUGUUACCCGGCUCGCCCAGAAGGGGGUGCAGUCGGCUCAUUGGUGCAGCAUCACAUCUCGCCGGAACCUCAGUAUCGACAGCCUCCGUUGGUGGAGAAACAAAGACACGGGCGUGUCGAGGUGGAGUAUCUCGUCGGGUUUCCCGCAUCAACAUGUGCGCCAAGACUCCCAAUGCGAAGAAGCAUAAAAGGGGAGGCAGAUCAGCCCACUCGCCCUGUUCUCGACCUGCCCGCCGCCAGCUAUGCACAGUCUCCAAGGGGCGAGGCGGCCCGGACAUGCGGGCUGGGAUCCCUCCAGAAGAACAAGGGAACUUUUGCUUCGGACCCAACCGCCGGGAACGACAUUGACGGCCUAGGAGACGACCCUGGUUGCAAAUCAAACGUCACCCUUCAUCGUGAGGUUUCCCGGGUCUUCCUUGACAACCCUAUCGAGAGAUUGCCAGCGGACCAUACGCAGUCACAUUUUCCGAACCGUCGGGCUUCGGGGCACGUUCUCCUGGUGUCCAGGACCCCCCCUCUCCACCAUGUUUCCUUCGUAAUGGACGAUCCGGUAAAGGGACCCCAUCUCAACAGCAAUCUCAGCGUUCGGCUUAGGAGCAACUAUCAGCACGGCAUCUUGGGAACGCGGCGGCGGGGCGGUCCGGUUUCGACUCACACACAAACCCUUCUCACCUGGGCUUCCCCCCCGGGCCGCCUCGGCAAUGGUCACCCUCAGUAUUCCGCACGCAGAACGUAGGCAACACCACUACGCGUUGCGGCCUCGCCCGCAUAGUGGCCCGCAAUCCGGUUGUCCGCCAGUCCCAGCCGAGCACCGCCGUGUAGGACGCUAUGGCGCGGGCUGAGUCCGAAACGGGCACCUCGAGGAAGUCACGUCUGGCCCGUAGGGGUCGUCGAUGGAGGCCUGCGCGCAGCCCUG